CUCUUGCUGAGGUGUAAAUAGGGUUAUGAAGAGAACAGUAGAAGAAAGUAAAACAUUUGAGCUCUGACUUGGGGCUCUUUAGGGGUCUGCAGCAGGAGAAAGGAAAUCAAGCUCUAGAAGUAAUUUUCAAAAUGUCUGAGUAUUUGCCGCAAGAAGUGUUGAUUGAAAUUUUUCUAAAGCUUCCCACCAAGUCCAUUAUUCAGUUCACUAGUGUCUGUAAGUCAUGGUACUCUCUUAUUACUAGCCCUAAUUUCAUUUCCACUCACCUCAAUUACCAAGAUGAAUACCUGCUAGUACGACAUUGCUCCGGAGAACCAGUAAAAGAAAUUUAUGCUUUGUUCUGUGACAAUGAGAAUUUUGACCAGUAUGCCCAGUUUGAUUUUCCAUUUGAGUGUUACAGUCACUUUAAUAUUGUGGGUAGUUGUAAUGGGCUUUUGUGCCUUUCCGACGACCUGUGGGGUUAUAGGGACCGUUCCUAUAUUUGGAAUCCAUCCAUCAGAAAGUCAGUAAAACUCCCCGAACCAAUUUUUACAUAUAGAACAUAUGGCCCCUUUGACCAUACACUAGGGUUUGGGUUUGAUAGUGUUACUAAUGACUACAAGGUGGUAAGAAUAGUACACAGUGAACUUUAUACUGAUUGGGUACCACCUCAUGCUGAGCUUUAUAAGCUAAGCACUGGUGUUUGGCAGGACAUUACUCCUGUUUCUCCAUCUUGUAUGUAUGUUCCGAAGAUACCAGGGUUCUACAUGAAUGGGACUUGCCAUUGGAUUGCUUCUAAACAGAAAGGAGGGGAGAGUCAAAAUAUGAUUGUGCUGUUUGAUGUGCAUGAGGAGACAUUCUGGGAGAUGAUGGUACCUGAUAGUUUAGUUUGGAAUUUUAGUGGGUUUUUUUGUAACGAAUUUGUCCUUUUUGCCUCAGAUGAGUCACUUUGUUUGGCUGAUAGUUCCUCUGGAAAUGACAAAACAAUUGAUAUUUGGAUGAUGAAAGAGUAUGGUGACCCAGAAUCAUGGGUGAAACAGUUCAGCAUCAGUUCAAGGGACGUAUCAUUCAACGUUGGUGUUGUUGAUGAAUUUUUCUCGAUGCUUCAUGGUGGUCGUCAGCGUCAGGUUGCUCAUUUCUUGGUGAAGCCUAUAGCUUCAAGGAAACAUGGUGAAAUUUUGUGGAGGGCGGACAACGGACUCUUGGUUUCGUAUGAUCCUGUAGCUGAAAAUAUUAAGAAUCUGGGCAUUCAUAAUGCUAACUAUUUACCUUACCGGGAUGCACUCUAUGUUAAUACUUACAAAGUGAGCCUUAUUUUACUUGGUAAACAGACAGAUUAUUCUGCUGGAGACACUUGUGAAGGUUUAUCCUGUUUAUGCAAGAAGGAAACUAAAGGUGGGAGGAAGUUUCAUGAAGGAAACACUAAAAGAGGUAUGCGUAUUGUAUCUCCCUUGCACAUCAGUGGAUUAAUGUACAUGUCAAAAAUGAAAGCAAAGAGGCUGCGCAUGAUAAAACAGAAGAACAGGUUUCAGGCUGACACUGGGGACCUCGUUUGAUUGAUUGGAAAUUCAAAGUUUCUUGAAGGAGCCAGGAGUGCAUGGCAAUUUGUUAUGCUUUUGGGUAUUAAAACUCUUUGAUUAAAAUAGAGGUUGUAAAUCUAGUGUCUUGACUACUACUAAGUAGAUGUUCUUGGGCUCACCAUACUUCCAGAUAUUGUGUUGUUUUUGCAACUAUCUGGUGAUUACUAUUACAUUUUCCCGCCAAAUUUCUAUGUUUUAUGAGGCUUAGUAGUAAUGAUAGUAAGGACCACUUUAAUGACUAGAAUUUUGUUUUAUUGAUCA